UUAAAGAAAUCAUAGCCCGACCAGGUAAAGGCAAAGGGAUGAAUUCCUACUUCACUAACCCUUCCUUAUCCUGCCACCUCGCCGGGGGCCAGGAAGUCCUUCCCAACGUCGCCCUCAAUUCCACCGCCUAUGAUCCAGUGAGGCAUUUCUCGACCUAUGGAGCAGCCGUUGCCCAGAACCGGAUCUACUCGACUCCCUUUUAUUCGCCACAGGAGAAUGUCGUAUUCAGUUCCAGCCGGGGGCCGUAUGACUAUGGAUCUAAUUCCUUUUACCAGGAGAAAGACAUGCUUUCAAACUGCAGACAAAACACCUUAGGACAUAACACACAGACCUCAAUCGCUCAGGAUUUUAGUUCUGAGCAGGGCAGGACUGCGCCCCAGGACCAGAAAGCCAGUAUCCAGAUUUACCCCUGGAUGCAGCGAAUGAAUUCGCACAGUGGGGUCGGUUACGGAGCGGACCGGAGGCGCGGCCGCCAGAUCUACUCGCGGUACCAGACUCUGGAACUGGAGAAGGAAUUUCACUUCAAUCGCUACCUAACGCGGCGCCGGCGCAUCGAGAUCGCCAAUGCGCUCUGCCUGACCGAACGACAGAUCAAAAUCUGGUUCCAGAACCGCCGGAUGAAGUGGAAAAAAGAAUCUAAUCUCACGUCCACGCUCUCGGGGGGCGGCGGAGGGGCUGCGGCUGACAGCCUGGGCGGGAAGGAGGAAAAGCGGGAAGAGACAGAAGAGGAGAAGCAAAAAGAGUGACCAAGUGCCACCCCCUUCCCUCUUUCUCCCUUGCUCACCCCAGCUACCCCCCCCCUCCACACACUCUGUAUUUAUCACUGGCACAAAUGAUAUGUUUCGACUCCCUGAAACAAAAGUAAGGAGUCAGACAUGGACCUGAAAAUUCAGCCCUGGACCCCCUCCCUUCCCUUCCCUGCACAACUCUUCUUGCGCCUUCUCCUAGCUCCCUUGCUAGCUCGUGUUUUCUUUUUUUUUUUUUUUCUUCCCCCGGCUUGGCUUGUCCGCAGGCCCUUUCCCCAACCCAGGCCUUGGGGACCCAGUCCCUGAACCUCACUUCAGACUCCACAGAUUUCCCUCCAAAUGGAGGACUUGUACCCCCCCCCAUACUCCCUGGAUGCCUUCCCCCGCCCCCCACUUCAUCCCAGGCUUCUGGGCCUGGGCCUCCAUUCUGGGGCCUCAGGGCCUGGCCUGGUGAGCCAGGGAAGGCAGGAGGCCCAAGGAGGGGGCUGCCUUGGCCCCACAGUCACCCCCCAGGGCCUCCCCUAUAACCUCUAUCCGGGCCCCCCUUUACCCCAGCAAAUGCCCAGCCCAGGCAAAUUGUAUUUAAAAGAUUCCUGGGGUCAUUAUGGCAUAUUACAAACUGUGACCGUUUCUGUGUGAAUAUUUUUAGCUGUAUUUGUGGUCUCUGUAUUUAUAUUUAUGUUUAGCACCGUCAGUGUUCCAAUCUCAUUUUAAAAAAAGGAAAAAAAAAGAGGGAAAAACUACCAAAAAAAAAAGAGAAAAAAAAAGGUGAAUGACGUUUGUUUAGCCAGUAGGAGAAAAUAAAUGAAUAAAUAAGUCCCUUCGUGUUACCCUCCUGUAUAAAUCCGAUCUCUGGAUCCGUUCUCGAAUAUUUAAUAAAAUUGAUAUUAUUUUUAAAAGU